AAAACACAAAGAAAAGUCCCAUAGCAUCAAAUCUAUUUUCAUAAAAAGCAUAAUAAAAUCCUUUUAUGGUUUUUGGUUAUUAGGGAAGGGGCCUGUCCUGUUCGGGUUAAGAGGGGGUUUUGGGAAAAAGUCCAGUUUUUGGGGAUUUUUUUUAAAAAGGUUUGAUAGAGAAAAGAGUGGUAUAAAAAGGAAACAAAAAUUGGUGAUGGAGGUAUGUCCAUGGUGUCUUUCUGGUACUAAAGAAUGUUCCAUCUACUAGUGCUGUUCUUAUUGUAAGUGUUUGUAUGGUGUUUUUCAUUAAGCUUUGGGCUUUUUCUUUUCUUGUAAAGUACGGGAAAGAGUCUAGGUUGAGGGUGGCUGAGAUAUUUAAGAGUUGUCUGCUGGUGACUCUUUUAUCAGAGAGCAACGCUGGGAAAGGGAAAUGGAGUGCAAUAAGGAUGAGGCCACUAGAGCUAAAGAGCUUGCUGAGAAGAAGUUCAUAGCAAAGGAUAUUAAUGGAGCAAAGAAAUUUGCUUUGAAAGCCCAGAAUUUGUAUCCUGGUCUGGAUGGCAUUCCCCAAAUGAUAGCAACACUCAAUGUUUAUAUUUCUGCGGAGAACAAAAUCAAUGGAGAAGCAGAUUGGUAUGCUGUGCUCGGUGUGAAUCCACUGGCUGAUGAUGAAUCGGUGAGGAAGCAAUAUAGGAAACUGGCACUAAUGCUUCACCCUGACAAAAAUAAGUCUAUAGGAGCUGAAGGGGCAUUUAAACUUAUUUCAGAGGCUUGGAGUUUGUUGUCUGAUAAGGGUAGGAGAGCAGCAUAUGACAAGAGGAGGUAUGCAAAAGUAACGCAAACAGUUCCAACACCUAGUGGGAGUUCGAAGGCGUCAAAAGCAGCAAAUGGCUUUUACAACGCUGCCAAGACAAGCACUUCAAAUGUGAAAACUUCCAAGAGUAGUAACCCUCAUGCAGCUCAGUCAUCGACCCCUUCUGGUCGUUCGUCAAAUACUGCUGCUGGUCAGUCAUCAAACCCUGCAUCAUUUCAUAAGCCAAAACCAAAUACCUUCUGGACUAUCUGUCAUCGGUGCAAGAUGCAUUAUGAGUAUCUGAGAGUUUAUCUUAAUCAUAAUCUAUUGUGCCCCAACUGCCAUGAGCCAUUUUUGGCUGUAGAAACUGCUCCCCCAACUACAUCUACCCCAACCCCUUGGAAAUUUUCACAGCAGCGGCAUAACUCAAAUGGUCAAGCAGGUAACAAAAGCUCAAAUAAUAUAGGAAGAAACCAUUCCUCUUCUUAUAGUGCUGCCGGAUUUGCUAGUCAUGAUUCAUAUAGUCAAAGCAACUUCCAGUGGGGUCCCUUCUCUAGGACAGGUGGUACUUCAACUGCAGCUCAAGCUGCUAGUGUGGUUCAGCAGGCAUAUGAGAAAGUGAGGAGAGAGCGGGAGGAAGCACAGGCAGCAACUAAAAGAGAAGAGGCCAUGCGGAAAAAGCAUCAUGGCUCUAAAAGGGCUAGCGGUGCUUCUUCAAGCGGAUACACAAAUGCUGCAAAGAGGAGGAGAGGCAUGGAAGAUGGUAGUGCCAACGUCCAUGGAACUAGUAUUACCAAUCAAAUUGGUGUAGGAAAUGGUGGUGCAGCUAAUCUAUCAGGAUCUAAGCUAGGCAGUUUAGAAGCUGGUUGGAUCAAUGGAACCAAUAAGCACAAUAAUGCAAGAGAUAUCUCCCAGAUAGAAAUGCAAAGUCUGUUGGUGGAGAAGGCGAAGAGAGAAAUUCAAAAGAAACUGAAUGAAUGGAAUUCAGCAGCGGCAGCUAAGACUACAUCCAAAGAUAUUAAAGGCAAUGAAAAUGCAAAUGAGAAACAAAACAAAUCUUUUGUAAACAAUGAUGCACAGGAUCAGAAGAAGUCAGAGGGGCUUGUUGAUGAAAUCAAUGGGGAUCAUUUGGUCAAGCCUUUUCUUGUCAGUUCUGGUGUUGGUUUUGAUGCAGAAACAUUGGAAGCAAUGUCCAUAGAUGUCCCGGAUCCAGAUUUUCAUGAUUUUGACAAGGAUCGAACUGAAAGAUCUUUUGAAGAUAACCAGGUAUGGGCUGCAUAUGAUGAUGAUGAUGGGAUGCCUCGAUGUUAUGCUAUGAUACAUAAUGUUAUUUCUCGAGAUCCACUCAAGAUGAGGAUCAGCUGGCUUAAUUCGAAAACUAACAGUGAAUUGGGUCCACUUGACUGGGUAGGUUCUGGUUUCUCAAAAACCUGCGGGGAGUUUAGAAUAGGUAGGCAUGAGAUUAACAGCUCACUUAAUUCUUUUUCACACAAAGUUAGGUGGACAAAGGGGAUGCGUGGGACCAUUCGUAUAUAUCCAAGAAAGGGUGAUGUUUGGGCGAUCUAUAGGCACUGGUCCCCUGACUGGAAUGAGUUAACAGCCAAUGAAGUAAUACACAAGUAUGAUAUGGUAGAAAUAUUGGAUGACUACAAUGAAGAACUAGGUGUCACAGUUACUCCCCUUGUCAAGGUUGCUGGUUUCAAGACGGUCUUCCACCGACAUCUGGACCAUAGAGAAAUCAGGAGGAUUCCAAGAGAAGAGAUGUUUCGUUUCUCUCAUCAAGUUCCUUCGUACUUGCUUACAGGUCAAGAGGCUUCCAAUGCUCCAAAGGGUUGCCGGGAGCUAGACCCAGCUGCUACACCAGUGGAACUUCUUCAGGUAAUUAUGGAUGUUAAGGAUGAAGAGAUUCUGGAAAAGGGUAAGGUUAUUACUGAAGAAAAUGUUGUGGAUGUCGAGAAAGCUAAUGAUGGAGGGGUGGUGGAGAAUCGUGACAAAAUGAAGAAAGAAGAGGACAGUGGUUUUAAAGCUCUUGAAGACGUAGAAGUUUUAGUCAAUGUUGGAAAUACUUAAGAAAGCUCUGAUCGAAUGGAGCCAUUUUGGAAGUAACUGGGUUUGACGUGGACAUGUUUUUUUGGACUGUCUGUAAAGUUGGGUGGAACUGAUUUCAUGGAUUUGUUCAUCAAAUGUGUACUAUCUCAGGCUGUUUUCGCACUUAAAGUUGCGAAGAUAACUUCAAAAUAUAUAUAACGUUGCAAUGAUCUGCAAGUUGAUGAAAUUCAAUGAAUAGAAAAUCCACAUGGUUUUGGGUGGUUACCCCGCUUCCCUGCAAAAGCGCAUCGAUUCUGCUAAAUGGAACUUCAUCGGGAUUCAAAAGCAGCGAGCUACACAAGCUCUUUUGUGCCAUUUCAGCCUUGAGAGCCCUUUUCUCUAUCAUGCAGGCAGUUGGCGCUCUUACUAUUUCAAUGUAAGUGUUUUUUCUUGCUCAAUUCUCUCAACUAUUAGCAUAACAGUCACGGAUUCAUGACUUUUUGUACUUGGCCCUAGAGUUGUACCGUUAGCUCAGAUCAGAGGUUAAAUAACACUACAGAUUGUGAAUUGAUAACGUUACUGCUUAAACCAUAUUUGGAAUCAUCUUUUACUUUUUAA